AUGCAGUGGGUGAAGGUGCUUUUGGGUGUCGUGGGGGCUGCCGCCUUUCUAGGGCUGGGGAUCAUCCUGGGCCACUAUGUGGUUCCCAAGGGGGACAGCAGUCCUCCAAAGGAGACAGUCUCCCAGAAACUGGACUUUCAGGUCCUGGAGACGGUCAUGGCCCAGCUGGACACCGUGCGGAUCAGGGACAACCUCAGGGAACUCUCCCGGGAGCCCCACCUGGCCACCACCCCGCAGGACGAGAAGCUAGUGCAGCUGCUGCUACAGCGUUGGAGGAACCCAGAGUCGGGGCUGGACGCAGCCGAGGCCUGCCAGUACGAAGUGCUGCUGUCCUUCCAGGAGGGGCAGCCCAACACCGUGACCGUGGUGGAUCCCGCUGGCAAAACUCUCUUCUCCUGCCGCCAGAAGGAGAAGAACCUGACAGGGGAGCAGGAGGACCCCAACGUGGUGCCCCCUUAUGCUGCUUAUGGUCCGGGCGGAAAUGUAAAGGGCUUCCUGGUCUAUGCCAACCGAGGCACGGAUGAAGACUUCAGGGUGCUCCGUGACAGAGGCUUGGAUCUCAGGAACACGAUUGCUCUGACCCGUUAUGGGGGUGCUGGGCGUGGGGAAAAGGCCAUCAACGCUUUCAAGUACGGGGUGGCGGGUGUGCUGGUCUACACGGACCCCGCCAACAUCAAUGAUGGCAGGAGCCAGGAAAAUGAAACCUUCCCACACUCCUGGUACAUGCCUCCGUCGGGGGUGGAGCGAGGCUCCUUCUCUGAGAACUUUGGGGAUCCCCUGACGCCCUAUCUUCCAGCGACCCCCUCCUCCUUCCGCCUGGACCAGGGCAGCGUCCCGGGGCUCCCCCCGAUUCCCAUUCAGCCCAUUAGCUUCGAGGAUGCCAAGAUGCUUCUCUGUAACCUCCAGGGAGGCCCAGCACCCGAUUCCUGGCAGGGUGCUCUGGGCUGUGAGUACAAGCUGGGGCCCGGCUUCAUGUACGGAAACUUCUCUGAAGACAGCAAGGUGAACAUGAGUAUCCACAAUUACGUCGAGCUGCGCAACUCCUCCAACGUCCUGGGGAUCAUCCGGGGGGCUGUGGAGCCUGACCGCUACGUGAUCUACGGGAACCACAGGGACAGCUGGGUACACGGGGCCGUGGACCCCAGCAGUGGCACGGCUGUCCUCCUGGAGCUCACCCGGGUCCUGGGGACCCUGCUGAAGAAGGGCACCUGGCGCCCCCGCAGGUCGAUCGUGUUCGCGAGCUGGGGGGCAGAGGAGUUUGGCCUCAUAGGCUCCACGGAGUUCACGGAAGAGUUCUUCAACAAGCUGCAGGAGCGCACCGUGGCCUACAUCAACGUGGACAUCGCAGUGUUCGCCAACGCCACCCUGAGGGCGCAGGGGACGCCCUAGGUGCAGAGCGUGAUCUUCUCCGCAGCCCGGCAGGUGGGAAGGGCGGGGCCUAAUGAUCUCAGCGUCUAUGACAACUGGAUCCAAUAUUUCAACCGAAGCAGCCCCGUGCAUGGCGUGAUCCCCAACCUGGGCUCUCUGGGCGCUGGCAGCGACUACGCAUCUUUCAUCCACUUCCUGGGCAUCUCCUCCAUGGACAUCGCCUAUACCUAUGACCGGAGCAAGACCUCAGCUCGGAUCUACCCCACUUACCACACAGCCUUCGACACCUUUGGUUACGUGGACCAGUUUGUGGAUCCCGGCUUCAGCAGCCACCAGACAGUGGCUCGGGUGGCGGGGAAUGUGCUUCUUCGUCUCAGCGACAGCCUCUUCCUGCCCCUCAAUGUCAAGGACUACAGCGAGACCCUCCGCAGCUUCUAUGAUACAGUGAAGAAUGAAGUAGGGGCGGUGUUGGCGCAGAAGAAAAUCAACCUGGGGCCUCUGGGGAGCGCAGUGGAGAAGUUCGAGAAGGCCGCUGAGGCAUUGAUUCAACACCAGUCAGAGCUGCAGAACAACCCCGAGCCCCUGCAGGUCCGGAUGCUGAAUGACCAGCUGAUGCUCCUGGAGCGGACGUUCCUGAACCCACGAGCCUUCCCUGAGAAACUGUACUACAGCCACGUGCUCUGGGCGCCCCGCACCGGCUCCGUCCCCACGUUCCCGGGCCUGUCCAACGCCUACUCCAACGCCCUAGGCACAACUGAUGGCUCUCCACAGUGGGCCGAGGUGCAGAGGCAGUUCAGCAUCGUGGUGGCCGCCCUGGAGGGCGCAGCUGCUAUGAUGAGGCCUGUGGCUGACCUCUGA